CUUCCCCCCCCCCCCCCCCCUUCUGGAUCCAAUGCCCUUGCCUUUAGCGAAUCUGGUGCAGAAAUAGUUCGCCUCUUUCUCUCGCGAAAAAUUCCCAGAAAAAGCCCCUCUUUUCUGACCUCUCGCUCUUAAGAAAGAAAGUUUCAGCUAAUGAAGCGACAUUCUGGGUGAGGCAUUCACCCUGUUCGAAAGAAUCCUAGAGACAGCCUUCACUUGAGUUUCUGUUGUGUUUUCAAGUAAAAUGAAGUCUUGUUCAGGGGUAAAGUUUCAAUCUUUGGCAUCAAUCUUUCAUGGGUUGCUGCUGCUUUCUGUUUUUCUCUGUGCAAACUCGCAGACCAGUCCAGAUGACGCGUCAGCCAUGUUUGCACUAAAGAAAAGCCUGAACCCACCAGAUGAACUUUCAUGGUCCGACCCGGAUCCAUGUAAAUGGGGCCAUGUAUUAUGCUCGGAGAACCGUGUGACCAGGAUUCAGAUUGGGCACCAGAAUCUGGCAGGUACACUCCCUAAAGAACUCUCUUCGCUGACUCAGCUUGAGCGUUUAGAGGUACAGUGGAACAACAUUUCUGGGCCUUUACCAAGUUUGAAAGGUUUGAGUUCACUGCAAGUGUUAAUGCUUAGUAACAAUCAGUUCACUUUGAUUCCUGAUGAUUUCUUCUCGGGCAUGUCUUCGUUGCAAUCUGUCGAGAUUGAUAACAAUCCUCUUUCUGCUUGGGAAAUACCUGAAAGCCUUAGAAAUGCUUCAACCCUUCAGAAUUUCUCGGCUAAUUCUGCGAAUAUUACUGGAAAGAUUCCAUCAUUUUUGGGCCCUGAUGAGUUUCCUGGCUUGACUAACUUGCAUUUGGCUCUUAAUCACUUGGAGGGAGAGCUGCCUUCGGCUUUCUCAGGAUCCCAGAUUCAAUCUUUGUGGCUGAAUGGACAGAAACUUAGCGGAGGAAUUGAUGUUUUACAGAACAUGACAUUGUUGAAGGAGGUUUGGUUGCACUCUAAUGGGUUUUCAGGUCCGUUGCCUGAUUUUUCGGGAUUGAAGAAUUUGGAGACUCUGAAUUUAAGGGACAAUUCAUUCACUGGGCCAGUUCCGAUGUCGUUGGUGAAUCUAGACACCUUGAAAGUGGUUAAUUUGACAAAUAACUUGCUCCAAGGACCAAUGCCGAAAUUCAGGGAAGCUGUUUCGGUUGAUAUGGCGAAGGAUACAAAUAGUUUUUGCUUGCCACAACCUGGUGAUUGUGAUCCUAGAAUUGAUACAUUGCUUUCAAUUAUAAAAUCGAUGGAUUAUCCUAGAAAGUUUUCUGAGAAUUGGAAGGGAAAUGAUCCAUGUGCUGAUUGGUUUGGGAUCACUUGUAAUAAUGGGAACAUAACUAUUGUUAACUUUGAGAACAUGGGGCUUACAGGUACCAUUUCUCCUGAUUUUGCUUCACUUAAAUCUCUGCAGAGGUUGGUUCUUGCUAAUAAUAAUCUUACUGGCACUAUCCCUGAGGAGCUCACGACUCUGCCUGGGCUUAUGGAGUUUGAUGUAUCUAACAACCACCUUUAUGGGAAGAUACCUGCUUUCAGAAGUAAUAUGAUCGUUAAAACCGGCGGAAAUCCUGAUAUUGGGAAGGAUAAAGUUGAUUCAAACUCUACUGGCACAUCUUCUACAGGCACAUCCAGUACAGGUUCAGAAACUAAUGCACAAAAAAAUCAUGAUAAAUCUCGAAAUUGGGUUGGAGUUGUUGUGUUUUCUGUAGUAGGUGGUCUCUUUGUCCUUUGUUUAAUUCUUGUAGCUGCUUUCUGUUUGUACAAGAGCAAACAAAAGCGCUUUAGCAGAGUUCAAAGUCCAAAUGCCACAGUAAUUCAUCCUCGCCAUUCUGGAUCAGAUAAUGAUAGCGUUAAGAUCACAGUUGCAGGAUCAAGUGUUAGUGUGGGUGCUGUUAGUGAAACUCAUACUGUUUCUGCCGGUGAAUCAAGUGACAUUCAAAUGGUUGAAGCAGGAAACAUGGUGAUUUCCAUUCAGGUGCUAAAAAAUGUGACAAAUAAUUUCAGUGAAGAGAAUAUACUCGGUCAAGGAGGUUUCGGCACAGUCUACAAAGGAGAACUGCAUGAUGGAACAAAAAUUGCUGUGAAAAGAAUGGAGUGUGGAGUAAUCACAGGCAAAGGAACAGCAGAGUUUAAGUCUGAGAUUGCUGUUUUGACCAAGGUUCGACAUCGGCAUCUUGUUGCUCUUCUUGGAUAUUGUCUUGACGGAAACGAAAAACUUCUGGUAUAUGAAUACAUGCCUCAAGGGACAUUAAGUAGGCAUCUCUUCAACUGGGCUGAUGAAGGGUUGCAACCUCUGGAAUGGAAGAGAAGGCUGACCGUAGCUUUAGAUGUUGCUAGGGGUGUGGAAUACCUCCAUGGGUUAGCUCACCAAAGCUUCAUACACAGGGACCUUAAGCCUUCCAACAUUCUACUUGGGGAUGAUAUGAGGGCUAAGGUUGCGGAUUUUGGUCUUGUGCGGCUUGCUCCAGAAGGGAAGGGAUCCAUUGAAACAAGAAUAGCUGGGACAUUCGGGUACCUGGCACCAGAAUAUGCAGUAACGGGGAGAGUGACUACCAAAGUCGAUGUUUUCAGUUUUGGUGUUAUCUUGAUGGAACUGAUAACGGGAAGAAAGGCACUCGACGAGAGCCAACCUGAAGAGAGCAUGCACCUUGUAACUUGGUUCCGAAGAAUGCAACUCAACAAGGACACAUUCCGUAAGGCCAUUGACCCUACUAUUGACCUCGAUGAGGAAACUCUAGCCAACAUUAGCACCGUCGCUGAACUGGCUGGCCACUGCUGCGCUAGGGAGCCGUAUCAACGACCUGACAUGGGUCAUGCUGUAAACGUUCUUUCUUCUCUAGUAGAGCUCUGGAAACCAACCGACCAAAGUUCUGAUGACAUAUACGGCAUCGACCUUGAAAUGUCAUUGCCUCAAGCGCUUAAAAAGUGGCAGGCAUUCGAAGGUAGGAGUCACAUGGACUCUUCUUCUUCAUCCUAUCUUCCAAGCCUAGACAACACUCAGACUAGCAUACCUACAAGGCCGUAUGGUUUUGCCGAGUCUUUCACAUCGGCUGAUGGCAGGUAAAAGAUAAGAUGAAUCUAUGAUGAUGAUUUGAUGUUGUGACUGAUUUUACAUGUUGAUUCUGUCCAUUUCUCCUCCUGUAACGAUUUCUAGCAGACCCUUUAACUUUGUUUUAUGUGGAGCCUGCAGUUUUAAGUAUUGAAGAUUAAGGGAAUCUCUAUUUCUGAUUUGUUUUGUUUGUUUGUAGCCUAUAUUUAUGUAUAGUUUGUUUAAGGUGUGAAGUUCACAAAUUCCAUUUCCAGAAA